AUGGGCGACAAGGCGCAGGGAACCAGAGUUUUCAAGAAGUCGAGUCCAAACUGUAAGGUCACUGUGUACCUGGGGAAGAGGGACUUUGUGGACCACCUGGACCAUGUGGACCCAGUCGACGGCGUGAUUCUGGUGGAUCCGGAGUAUCUCAAGGACCGGAAAGUCUUUGUGACGCUGACGUGUGCGUUUCGUUACGGUCGUGAAGAUCUGGAUGUUCUUGGCCUGUCCUUCAGAAAAGACCUCUACAUCUCCACCUUUCAGGCGUUCCCCCCGGUCCCAGAGGAAAAGAAACCAAACAGUCGACUCCAGGAGAGACUCCUGAAGAAACUGGGCCAACACGCUCAUCCAUUCUACUUCACUAUCCCACAGAACCUGCCGUGUUCAGUGACUCUGCAGCCGGGACCAGAGGACACAGGCAAGGCCUGUGGCGUGGACUUCGAGAUCAGAGCUUUUUGUGCAAAGUCCAUUGAAGAGAAGAUCCACAAGAGGAACUCUGUGCGCCUGGUGAUCCGUAAAGUGCAGUAUGCUCCAGAGAAGCCCGGGCCUCAGCCCAUGGUGGAGACCACCAGGAGCUUCCUCAUGUCCGACCGAUCCCUGCACCUGGAGGCCUCUCUGGACAAAGAGUUAUAUUAUCACGGAGAACCAAUCAGCGUCAACGUCCACGUCACCAACAACUCGACCAAGACGGUGAAGAGGGUCAAGAUCUCAGUGCGGCAGUACGCAGACAUCUGUCUCUUCAGUACAGCGCAGUACAAGUGUCCUGUUGCUCACCUUGAGGCCGAUGACCAGGUUUCCUCCUCCUCCACUUUCUGUAAAGUCUACACUCUGACUCCAACACUGGACAAAAACAGAGAGAAGAGAGGCCUGGCCUUGGAUGGAAAGCUGAAGCACGAGGAUACCAACCUGGCCUCUAGCACCAUAGUGAAAGAUGUCACUAAUAAGGAAGUGUUGGGGAUCCUGGUGUCGUACAGAGUCAAAGUCAAACUGGUCGUGUCCCGCGGAGGAGACGUGUCAGUGGAGCUGCCCUUUAUCUUGAUGCAUCCCAAGCCUGUGGAGCCGCCGACCUCACGCCCACAGUCUGCGGUGCCAGAGAUGGAUCCUCCCAUCGACACUAACCUGAUCGAGUUUGAAACAAACUCGAUUUCUCAGGACGACGACUUUGUGUUUGAAGAUUUCGCUCGACUGCGACUCAAAGGAGUUGUUGACGACAAAGACGAGGACUGCUAA